GGGAGUAUUUUCACCGGCAGUGGAGUUUGAGAUUGUCGGGAAGCCGACUCGGCCAAUUAAAAAAGAACAGGGCAGAGUGAGCCAAGAGGCUUGAGAUCGGCCAUCUUUUACUUUUUUGUCCUCCCCUUCUCUAACCCUAACCCUAAUUCCUGGUGGAUCUUUGGAGCAGAUACGCAGAUCCGUCUAGGCCUUGCUGCUCCGUCUCGUUCCCGACCGAUCUUGGCCGUUUGAUCGAUUCCGCGUCGCAGAUCGGGAGGGAGGGGCAGGAGUAGAACAUGCCGUCGCAGGCGGAUCUGGACCGCCAGAUCGAGUAUCUUAGGGAAUGUAAGUUCCUUCCGGAGGCGGAGGUGAAAGCCCUCUGCGAGCAGGCUAGGGCGAUCUUGAUGGAAGAGUGGAACGUUCAACCAGUGAAGUGUCCCGUGACGGUUUGUGGAGAUAUCCAUGGCCAAUUUCACGAUCUAAUCGAGCUCUUCCGGAUUGGUGGAGAGGCCCCGGAUACAAAUUACCUCUUUAUGGGGGAUUACGUAGAUCGUGGAUAUUAUUCAGUGGAGACUGUAACACUUUUGGUGGCCCUGAAAGUUCGUUUCAGGGAUAGAAUUACGAUUCUUAGAGGAAACCAUGAAAGCAGGCAAAUUACUCAAGUAUAUGGUUUCUAUGAUGAAUGCUUGAGAAAAUAUGGGAAUGCGAAUGUGUGGAAAUAUUUCACCGACCUUUUUGAUUAUCUACCCCUUACAGCUCUAAUAGAAAAUCAGAUUUUUUGUCUGCACGGUGGCUUGUCCCCCUCACUGGACACCUUGGACAAUAUUCGGUCCCUUGACCGUAUACAAGAAGUCCCACAUGAAGGGCCCAUGUGUGAUCUCCUAUGGUCUGAUCCAGAUGAUCGAUGUGGGUGGGGAAUAUCGCCAAGAGGUGCUGGGUACACAUUUGGACAAGACAUUUCGCAGCAGUUCAAUCAUACCAAUGGCCUCUCUCUGGUUUGCAGAGCCCACCAGCUUGUAAUGGAAGGUUUCAAUUGGUCUCAGGAUAAAAAUGUUGUUACAGUAUUUAGUGCACCCAACUACUGUUAUCGUUGUGGUAACAUGGCAGCCAUACUGGAGGUUGGGGAGAAUAUGGAACAGAAUUUUCUACAGUUUGAUCCCGCACCGAGGCAGAUUGAGCCCGAUACGACCCGCAAGACUCCAGACUAUUUUCUGUAAUUUUGAUAACUUUAUACAUUUGGUAGUGGUGCUUAUCCACCACAAGGUGUGUGUGCAGUAGAUGUGUCUCUGAGCAGUGAGAAUCAUCACCCUCAUUCUUUCAUGUGAAGUUUUUGCUACCACUGCCACCAUUCCAAUGCUAAUUCUAGGAAACUUUGAGAAAGUUAAUAUUGUGCACACUUUGUAUUUGAAGAAAUGACAGGGAAGCAGCAAUAACAAGCAGAAUUUCUCCCCUCAUACUGAUUUUGCCCAUCCAAAAGAAAAAAACAGAAGAAAUUUUCAACACUGCAGUGGCUCAUCUUUCUUAUAAUACUCCUUGAUUGCUGUUGACCUUGCUGCAUCAUCCAAUUGUAGUGCUCUGUGAAUGCUCCAAGAUAUAUAGUUCAGAAUUGCUUCAUUGAUGCCAAAUAAACUGGCAUCUGUAAGUUGAAACUUUAUUGAUGUGUUUAAGAAUAUUUCAGGAACAUUUAUUUUCUUUACUAUCUCAAUAAUCUAGCCUUGAUUAAUUUUACACCGUUUA